GGCUGGGCAGGGGCUCGCGCCUCCGCGGCAGCCAUGGCGUACAACGGCCUCACGGUGCCUCUCAUCGUGAUGAGCGUGUUCUGGGGCUUCGUCGGCUUCUGCGUGCCCUGGUUUAUCCCUAAGGGUCCCAACCGGGGAGUUAUCAUCACCAUGUUGGUAACCUGUUCAGUUUGCUGCUAUCUCUUUUGGCUGAUUGCAAUUCUGGCCCAACUCAACCCUCUCUUUGGACCACAGUUGAAAAAUGAAACCAUCUGGUACCUCAAGUAUCAUUGGCCUUGAGGAGGAAGACCUGCUCUCCAGCGCUCAGUCAUUGAGGUCACGAAGAGAAUUCCUCUAGAUGCAAAAUCAACUCCAAACCCAGACCGCCUUCUUUGACUUGCCUAUUUUGGCCAUCAGCUGCCUUAAACAUUCACACCAUAUUUGAAUAUCUUAUUCUACAAUGCAGUAUUUUUUCCUGUUGCCUUUUUUUACAUUUUGAUGAAUUAUGUGCCUACUUAAACUGUGCUGACUCCAUAAAAUGUUUAUGCACUCUUCUGAGAUAGAGGGUGCUAUUCUUCUGAGAAAUACAUUGCUCUCUCCUUGGAACCUGUGAAUUUGAAGAUGACUCCUGCCUGGUCACAACAUGAGAAUCAGCAAAGUGUUUAAAAACUGUCACAAGACAAGGCAGUCAGUAGGAGAGCAUGUUCAGAGGGAAUAUCUGUCCCAACAGAAUUACACCAAAGUAUAUUUUCAGGAUGACUUUCUUAUUUCUGCCAUCUACUGGAAUAAAUUAUUUUUCAGCUUUCUG